UCCGCCUCCUCACCGCCUCAUCCUCCAGGAAACCUGCAGAGUGGGAGGAGCGUAUUAUUGUGGGCGUGGUCGCGGUGAUUCUCCGGUCUGAGAAGUUCGGCCGCCGUGUGUUGUAGUGUGUCGCCGCUCUGGUAGUGAGUGUAUGCGCGCUGUGUGUCCUCCUCCUCCGCCGCCGUCGUGGUGUCACGGCUCUCUGUACGGGACGGCUGCAACCAGCGGAGCUCCAGCACCGGAGGCGGCAGAACAGAAGCCGGUUGGCACUGUGUGCAGGAUGAUACCUGAGGAAAACUAUGGGAUGAUGGAGAAAUGCUGCCGGACCCCCAGGAUAGUGCGGCGACAGGAGGAGAAGAAGGGGCAUGAGAGACCAGGGCUUCUAGGAGACCCCUGUACACCCGUCCAGAGCCAGCCCUUCAGUGCCCGCUACACCAUGGCCCCGGGGCAUGAGCUGGGCAGGGGAAAAUUUGCAGUAGUAAGAAAAUGUAUUGAAAAAGAAACGGAGAAAGAAUUUGCUGCAAAGAUUAUGAGAAAACGAAGAAAGGGACAGGACUGCCGUAUGGAAAUCUUGCACGAGAUUGCAGUCUUGGAACUGGCAAGAGACAACCCUUGGGUCAUUAAGCUGCACGAGGUGUAUGAAACAGCCACUGAAAUGAUCCUUGUGUUAGAAUAUGCUGCUGGCGGUGAAAUCUUCAACCAGUGUGUAGCAGAAAGGGAAGAGGCCUUCAAAGAGAAGGAUGUCCAGAGGCUCAUGAGACAGAUCUUAAAAGGAGUUUCCUUUCUACACAGACACAAUGUGGUCCAUCUUGACCUGAAGCCACAAAACGUUUUGCUGACCAGUGACUGUCCACUAGGUGACAUAAAGAUAGUGGAUUUUGGCCUAUCCAGAAUUGUCAAUAACAAUGAAGAACUAAGAGAAAUCAUGGGGACCCCAGAAUAUGUUGCACCUGAAAUCCUGAGUUAUGAACCAAUCAGCACAGCAACAGAUAUGUGGAGCAUUGGUGUGUUGGCAUAUGUAAUGCUCACAGGUACGUCUCCCUUCCUGGGGGAUGACAAGCAACACACUUUCCUGAACAUUUCCCAGCUGAACAUCAGUUACACAGAAGACUUUGAAGGAAUCUCUGAACUUGCCAUUGACUUUGUGAGAGCACUUCUAGUUAGAGAGCCUGAAGGUCGAGCGACAGCAGAGGAUUGUCUUCAGCACCCUUGGCUUGCUGAAGGUGACCUCCCAGAUCUUUACUCCAGUGCUUUAAAUACAGUGCAAGAGGGCAAGCAAAUCCUUCCAGAAAAUGGAGAGGAGGAGGCGGACAAGCUAGAAGCAGAGAAUUCCCUGGAAGCCACGGGUCUAGCACAGCCAGAUGCAGAUGAACAGACUGUGACAGAAGAGUUGAUAUUAAUGGCUUCUUACACUUUGGGACAGUGCCGACAGACUGAGAUUGCGACACAAACUGAAUCUAAAGCCAUUACAAAGCGGUUUAAGUUUGAGGAGCCAAUGUUGCAAGAGAUACCGGGAGAUUUUAUCUACUGAGCUCUGGCACUUGGCAAUGCGUGACUUCUGGAGCUUGGACUUGGUUUUUCUCUCUAGAGUCAUGGAGCUUCUUGGUAAACCAGAAGUAAGUCGGCCUUCUGAUAAGAUCAGCUGGUCGUCAUGGCGAAAAGAAUCCAAUUCAAUCGUGCCAUGUUAAAUCUCAGAGUGAGCAGGCUCUGUCUGCGUGGUUGAAGAUGGUGUUUUUUUUUUCUUUGAGUUAUUUUUUUUUGGGCUUGUUCACCACCAUAAUAUCCCACUUUUUUGUGUGGAUUUCUUGACAGCAGGAUGUAAUAACUAAUGGGGUCCAUUUUGGAAAUUGUCACCAGAUUUACAUCAAAACUGGUCAGUAUUCUAAGGCUGGAAACGUGUUUUUGGAAAGCUUUGCUGAAAUCUGGUUGAUUUUUAAAAUAAAUGAAAAAAUAAAAUAAAAUAAAUAAAUGUUGUUCAGCCAAGCUGAAGAGUAUUUGUCAUGUACUGUGAUGGAGGCAGCCAUAUUGUGCCUGAUGCUUCUCAUGAUCCUUUACAUGAGCCCCUUGUUCCCUGCUGGAGGAAUCUUCCUGCUGUCUGUACUUGUGUAAGUAUGUAGGCUGCCGAAGCUUCAAUAUGGCUGCCUCCACUGCAUACAGACAUCAGCAUCUAUUCAAGCCAUUCCUGUUCAUUCUGUGCCACUCAUUACUCCAAAAGAUAUAUAUAUA